CCCAGGCUUGUUUGUGCUGCUCGGUGUGUCGUCCUCUCACUCCACUGACGGUCUCUCUUCCCUCAGGACCUUUGGGACUCCCAGCAGCGCCAUGUUUCCCCGCUGUGCUGUCCUGCUCCUGCUCUGCCUCUCCACAGGCCUGGCUGCCACCCUCAUCGGCUCAGCUUCGGCUGAAGAGGUGCCAGCCGGGGACCCUGUGGGUUCUGACCCUCUAGUGGGCGACGCACCAAAAAUGGACCCUCUCGUGGACCCUAUAGGGGCUAACACAGUGCAGGCUGACUCCCCUGUGGAAGAAGGCCAGGCUCAGGCUGAAGCCACCCAGGCCACAGAUGAGGAGUCUGACUGGGGCUUCGGCUCCAUCCGGGACAGCUUCCAGGCCGUCAACGGCUACUUCGACUCAGUGGUGGAGCUGAUGGGGGGCCGCAACGGCGUGUGCCAGUACCGCUGUAGAUUCGGUAAAGCUCCUCAGGCCCGCCCAGGCUACCAGAUUCCUGAACCCAAUGGCUGCACAUCCUCCCUGCUUGGUUUCCAGGUACCGGAAAGUUUUGACAUGGGCAUCCCGGCCAUGACCAAGUGCUGUAACCAGCUGGACAUGUGUUACGACACCUGCGGCUCCAACAAGUACCGCUGCGACACCAAGUUCCGCUGGUGUCUCCACGGCAUCUGCAGCGACCUGAAGAAGAGCCUGGGCUUUAUGUCAAAGGUCGAAGCUUGUGAGACGUUUGCAGACACCAUGUACAACACGGUAUGGACUCUGGGCUGCAGACCCUUCAUGAACGGCCAGAGGGCAGCGUGUAUCUGUGAGGGAGAGGAGAAGGAUGAACUGUAAGAACCUGAGCUCUUCCUGCAAACCAUAACGACACACCAUCGCAAAACCCCUGCAGACGGAUGCAGCCGAGGCUCAGUGGACUCCAAAGAGAGAAUCAAAAGACUCAUUUUGGGCAAAUAAGAACAAGGAGCUCAAACCACAGAGUUCCAGACAUUCCUCUUUAUUGUUAUAUAUGAAGUUAUAGCUUUACUUACAGGGUAAUAUAACAUCGCCGUCCAAAGAAAAACAAGUAUCUCCAAAAUGGUAACUUUACAGAAGAAGGCAUUUCUUUACUUUUAAUGCAAGUUAAUGAAAGUUAUUCCACACAAUUCUGGAGCGUUUCUGCCGAUCCAGUCAUCAUAAAAUCUCCACACAAUACAAAGGAGAGCUACUGUGUUCAAAUAAUGCAGAAAAGUAAAAAAAUCUGUGGACAUUGAUGAUAAAUAGGUUAUGAUUUUGUGUGCUUGUAUAUAGUACACCCAUAGGGCUACUGUUUUAAAACAGGUCUGUUUAAGCUUUGAGAAGUCACCCAGUGGAAGAACUAGUCAGUGUACAGUUUUAGUAUUCCACCUUUCGAAUUAUACUGCUCUCAACCAGAAACAUUGCCCCCCAAAAAGAUACGUGAUAAUGAAAACAACAUUCUUAGAAUAGAAUAAUAACUCUGACCGAAGCAGAACAGCAAAAGGACAGGUAGACAAAUUUGUAUGACUGUGGCUGAAAGUCAAAAUUAUGCCUAACCUUUUCAGUGUCAGUGUGUGCUCUGACUGUAUGUAAUAUAUUUGUAAUUUAUUAAAAUGUAACACUGACUUCCCAAUUA